CUCUUGGAAGUGCUCAUUGACUGUGUGUAAGCAGGUCGGCUUCUCUGCCAAAAGCUUCAGCGCCUUAAGUUGAUGUUUUUCAGGAUCCAGAGAGUCAUUUCAAAACCGCUAUUUAACUCUCUGAGGCAGCUCUUUUUGUUACGCAAUCCCCGAAAACUGACCUCCAGAAUGGCCUUUCAGUAUCCACAGGCUUACCGUGAUGAGGCAGUUAUGGAUGACUAUCAUGGCUGCAAAGUACCAGAUCCAUACAGCUGGCUGGAGGACCCGGACAGUGAAAAGACACAGGCCUUUGUCAGCGCUCAGAACCAACUGACGUUGCCAUUUUUGGAGCGCUGUGAUGUGCGAGACCUGUUCAAGGAGCGCAUGACAGAGCUGUACGACUACCCCAAGUAUAGCUGUCCCUUCAAGAGGGGGAGCAGGUACUUCCACUUCUACAACACAGGGCUCCAGAACCAGAGUGUAAUGUAUGUGCAGGAGAGCCUGGAUGCGGAGCCCACAGUCUUCUUGGACCCAAACACAUUUUCUGACGAUGGGACAGUUGCCCUGCGAGGCUAUGCAUUCUCUGAGGACGGGGAAUACCUGGCGUAUGGCACCAGUGCCAGCGGGUCAGACUGGGUGGAGAUCCGGUUCCUGCGGGUUGAAGGUGCCAUGCCUCUAGAGGACCGCCUGGAGCGAGUCAAGUUCAGCUGCAUGUCCUGGACCCAUGAUGGGAAGGGACUUUUCUACAAUUCCUACCCUGACCAAGAGGGCAAGAGUGACGGCACUGAAACCUCCACCAACCUGUAUCAGAAGCUAUACUUCCAUGUUCUGGGGACUCCGCAGUCUGAGGAUGUGCUUUGCGCCGAGUUCCCUGACCAUCCCAAAUGGAUGAGUGGAGCUGAGGUAUCAGAUGAUGGGCGAUAUGUACUGCUGUCCAUCAGGGAAGGUUGUGACCCAGUCAACAGACUGUGGUAUUGUGACCUUCAGACCACUGCUCAGGGUAUUACAGGACUUUUGCCAUGGGUGAAGCUAAUCGACAACUUUGAUGCCGAGUACGAGUACGUGACCAACGAGGGCACUUUGUUCACAUUCAAGACCAACCUAGACGCCCCACGCUAUCGCCUCAUCAACAUCGACUUUGCCUCUCCUGCUCAGAGCAACUGGAAGGAGCUCAUCCCUCAACAUGACAAGGACGUUAUUGUGUUCGCCACCUGUACUUACUCCAGCUACCUGUUUGUGUGUUUCCUCCACGAUGUGAAGAAUGUGUUGAAAAUGUAUCGCCUGAGCUCGGGGGAGGAGCUGAGGACCUUCCCUCUGGACGUCGGCUCCGUGGUGGGCUUCACAGGACGGAAGCGGGACUCUGAGAUCUUCUACUAUUUCACCUCUUUCCUCUCUCCAGCCAUCAUUUACCAUUGUGACCUGACCAAGGAGCCGCUGCAGCCCCACAUCUUCAGGGAGGUCACUGUCAAAGGCUUCAACCCCUCCGACUACCAGACCACCCAGAUCUUCUAUCCCUCCAAGGACGGCACUCAAAUCCCCAUGUUCAUUGUUCACAAGAAGGGUAUCAAAAUGGAUGGCUCCCAUCCAGGUUUCCUAUACGGCUAUGGAGGCUUUAACAUCUCCAUCACACCGAGCUACAGCGUCUCCCGCCUCAUCUUUGUCAGACAUCUCGGCGGAGUCCUCGCCGUUGCCAACAUCAGAGGAGGAGGGGAGUACGGGGAGACCUGGCACAAAGCGGGCAUGUUGGCCAACAAGCAGAACUGCUUCACAGACUUCCAGUGCGCGGCUGAAUAUCUCAUCAAGGAGGGAUACACUUCUCCUUCCAAACUGACUAUAAAUGGAGGCUCCAACGGUGGUCUGCUCGUAGCGGCCUGCGUCAACCAGCGGCCCGAGCUGUUUGGCUGCGCUGUCGCUCAGGUCGGCGUCAUGGACAUGCUGAAAUUCCACAAGUUCACCAUCGGCCACGCCUGGACCACAGACUUCGGCUGCUCAGAGGACAAAGAGCAGUUUGACUGGCUCAUGAAAUACUCCCCGCUCCAUAACAUCCGCAUCCCAGAAGGCAACGGGGUCCAGUACCCUGCAGUACUCCUGCUGACGGGGGACCACGAUGACCGAGUGGUGCCCCUCCACUCUCUCAAAUACAUCGCCACCCUGCAGCACAUCGUAGGCCGCAGCUCCAAGCAGACAAACCCCCUGUUCAUCCUCGUGGACACAAAGUCGGGCCACGGCGCCGGCAAGCCCACCAGCAAGGUCAUCCAGGAGGUGGCGGACACGUACGCCUUCAUCGCUCGCUGUCUCAACAUCUCCUGGGUCAAAUAACCAGUGUGCAUGUGUUUUUGUUUUGUUUUGUUCUUUUUGUUUUAUUUUCUUUUCAUCAGUUACUCAAAUCAUCUUUGGAAUACUGUUCAUACCAACUGUUCCCAUUGUUCUUUAAACUUUACAUCAACAACUCCUGUUUACCCAGCCACCAUGACCACACCCAUCAGGAUCUCUCUGGCUGCACUAACACAAAACUUAGAAGCCAACAUGCAGCACUCAUAGCUAACGAACCCUGUCCUAUAGGCCAUGAUUGUAGUCCUGGUCAAACUAAGAAUGACUACAUUAUCAGUGAUGGGUGUGG